CAAGACAGCCCCAAGACGGGCCAAGACUGCCCCAAGACUGCUCCGUAGCCUUUUUGGCUCAAGCACCUGCUCCCUGUGUGAGACAGAGGGAUAUACAGCCCGUGGGCUCUCUGCAUUUUCGCCAUGGGCGGGCCGUGCAAGAUUCUAGGAGACGACGGUGGCAUUUCAGACGCACCCGCGUGCACAGACAAUUUCUUCGUUCGGCCGUACAUGCUGAACGGCGCGCAGUGGCAGAGCGCGGAACAGUGCGGAACAGUUUUUCCAGGUCUUCAAGUAUCAAGAUCAGGAGAUGGUGCAGAAAUUCCAGGAGAGUGUCCCAGAAGAAGGUACAAGCUCUUGGGCAUACGGCUGCUUCAUGGCCCGAAUGGGUCAGGAGCGCCACCCGUCGUUCCGCAAUAAUUGGGAGCAUAUUAAAGCUGAAGUCAUGUACCGGGCUAAGCGGGCUCAAAUUGCGCAGCAUCCAGAUUUGAAAGAAGAGCUCAUUUCGACUGGGGGCCAUGUUCUCAUUCACGAGGAUGGCAACGCUUUCUGGUCGGAGUGGAAUGGCAAAUGUAUGGCGCGUAUUCGCGACGAGGUCAUGCCCGAUGGAAGGCACCCACAGGGUGACCAGAAGCGAGAUAGUGAUCUUGAGGCGUUGGUCGCUGAGUACGCAAAGGUCAUCGAGAACGAGGCUUUCUUUGCCGAUUGCCCUGAGCUUAUGCCUUAUUAUCUUCCAUAUGGCGGCACCGAUAGGCAAAGUGCGCCGGUCCCAUCACAGGCAGUCGCUCCGGUCGUCAAGCAGGAAGGGGGUGCAGCAUCAGCUAGGUGUGACUGGUGAUCGAUAUUAUGGCCUGGUGCUAUGUGGAUCUAUUUGGCAAGCCUGGAUGUUGCGAAGACAGCGUCGUUGUUCGCUUGCCGUCCUUUCGAUGCGUUUGAUCUACGCUUGGCAAUUAGCAUUAACCCAUUUGGCGACGCCUUGGAAGUCACAGUGCAGGCAAUAAGCUUCCAACCUCGAACGUGGUCCAAAAAAAAACUACCCCGAAACUGCCGAAGAGGCGCCCAGG